AUGGCUACAGUAAACGAAUAUAGAACAGGAGGGGAGUCAGGCAAAGCCGCCUUUGAAGGUGGACAAGAGCAGCGAGCAUCUGGUCCAACUAAAGCUGCAAAGAAAUUCUUGCCCGUGGUGAAGAUGGGAGAGGCGUACAAGCACCUGGGGGUCAAUGAUGCACUAGAGACUACAGUGCAACAGAGCCAAAUCCUUCACGUCAUUUUCAAGACGAAGAAGGAUAUCCUUAAGCGCCUCACAUCAUAG